GCGCGGCAGCCUGGCCCCGCCCCCGCCUGCCCGCCCCGGUGACCUUCACAGGCCCGGGCGACCGGCGCAGGCCCGGGCGGCGGCGGCGCGAUGUUCGUGCAGGAAGAGAAGAUCUUCGCGGGCAGGGUGCUGCGGCUGCACAUCUGCGCGGCCGACGGCGCCGAGUGGCUGGAGGAGGCGACCGAGGACACGUCGGUGGAGAAGCUCAAGGAGCGCUGCCUCAAGCACUGUGCUCAUGGGAGCCUAGAGGACCCCAAAAGUGUCACCCACCACAAACUCAUCCAUGCGGCUUCCGAGAGGGUGCUGAGCGACACCAAGACCAUCUCGGAGGAGAACGUGCAGGACCGAGAUACUGAUGUGGUUUUUCCAGAUGUCUUGCUGUUGAUAAAGAAGCGAGCCCCUGCUCCCCUCCCUAAGAUGGCCGAGGUCUCAGCAGAGGAGAAGAAGAAGCAGGAGCAGAAGGCUCCAGACAAGGAGGCCAUUCUUCAGGCCACAGCUGACCUCCCCGCCUGCAGCGUGGACCGGGCCGCAGUGCAGACCACCAUGAGAGACUUCCAGACAGAGCUCCGGAAGAUCUUGGUGUCUCUCAUCCAAGUAGCGCAGAAGCUGCUCGCCCUGAACCCUGACGCGGUGGAGCUGUUCCAGAAGGCCAAUGCUAUGCUGGACGAGGAUGAGGAAGACCGCGUGGACGAGGCCGCCCUGCGGCAGCUCACAGAGAUGGGCUUUCCUGAGAGCAGAGCCUGCAGGGCGCUUCGGCUGAGCCACAUGUCAGUGCCGCAGGCCAUGGAGUGGCUGAUUGAGCAUGCAGAAGACCCGGCCAUUGACACGCCUCUUCCAGGACAGGCUACACAGGCUGCAGCAGGCGCUGCGGCUGCAGCUGCCACCUCUGAGGCUGCAGUGAGCGCUGCUGAGGGAAACGAAGAGUGGGAUGAGCUCACGGAGAUCUUCAAGAGGAUCCGAAGGAAAAGGGAGUUCCGGGCCGACUCUCGGGCUGUCAUCUCUCUGAUGGAGAUGGGCUUCGAUGAGAAGGAGGUGAUUGAUGCCCUCAGAGUGAACAACAACCAGCAGAAUGCCGCUUGCGAGUGGCUGCUGGGGGACCGGAAGCCGUCCCCUGAGGAGCUGGACCAGGGCAUCGACCCCAACAGCCCUCUCUUUCAGGCCAUCCUGGACAACCCAGUGGUGCAGCUGGGUCUGACCAACCCCAAGACACUGCUAGCCUUUGAAGACAUGCUGGAGAACCCGCUGAACAGCACGCAGUGGAUGAACGACCCUGAGACGGGCCCCGUCAUGCUGCAGAUCUCCCGCAUCUUCCAGACGCUGAACCGGGCAUAGGCGGCACGGCCCUGCCCGCCUGUCUGGCCGCAGCCUCCCCAGGUGAGGCGCAGGAAACCACGCCCAGAAGCCGUCUCCAGCUCGAGGGCUUGGGUCUCCAGUGCCACGGCGCUCUCCCUCCCUGCCUUACUGCUCAGAAACUCCUGCCACAGCGAGCUGUGCCCCCAGCUUCCGACGAGCUCCUGCAAGGGCUGGCUCGGUGGGUGGUGGCCAGCGCCCCCAGGCGCUGUGCUGGGGUCCAGAGUGCUCCUAGACGCGCCUGUGCGCUGCUGCCGAGCCUGCUUGUUCGUGACUGAAGGCGUGUCCGAGCCAGCGUUGUGCCCAGCGAGCUGCCGUGCCCAGCGGGUCGGUGGCUUCUGUAAUAAACCGGCCCUUUCC